AUCUCCUCCCUUGCUCGCUCGCAUCCUCGGAAUAAUCCACAUCUAGGGCAAGCUGGCUGAGAGGCGAUCACAGCUCAGCUCCUCUCUGCAGCCUGGGAGAAGAAGAGGUGGCACUAACCCUUUUCAACGCAGGAGGAAAAAGAAGAGCAAAUUUUGAGCGCACAGGAAGACACGGAGGUUCGAAGAGCAAGAUUUUUCCAUCGGAGGACACUCUUUAUUUAUACAUAUUGUUUAUAUAGCUAUAUAUAUUUGUACACACGCUUAUAGAUAUUUAUAUAUAGAUUCAAUUAUCCUUGUACAUAUCCGUAUUCGUGCUCGUCUGUUUAUAUUCAUAUUUUUAUAUGUAUUUGUGUGUGUAAAUAUAUAUAAUGUAUAAGCAAAACAUAUAUAUCCAUAUAUAUGUCCAUAUAUAUGAAUUUAUAUGCGCAUCACUGUGAACCAAGAGGAUUCUCAUCUCAUCAGGGCUGGUCUCUGAUUGUGAUCGUAUACAAUAUUUGAUCUUCUACGCUCAAGAGGACAAAGACGCCGUGCCCAUUUUGUAGUUUUUCUUUUACUGUUGCGGCAUCCCGUCUCCCUCUCCAUCUCCAUUUUUUACCCCCUCCUUUGCUUCGCAUCCGAGAAGCUGAGAGCGACGGGAUUUGACAAAAGAGGGCGGGAAAAACUCUCUCAAAUUCCUGUGAUUAGUGCGCUUUUCCGCUGGCAUCUGUGUUCCGUUUAGCCCAUCGCGGCGCCGUGUGACAUCAGCCCAGCGUCCGCCCAGCCAGCAUGCACAAACACCACCACUGCUGCAAGUGCCCAGAAUGUUAUGAGGUGACCCGCAUGGCGGCCCUGCGCAGGAUGGACGCCCCGGCCUAUGGAGGAGACUGGCAGGCCGAGCCCUAUGGAUACCCACCCGGGUACGGAGGAGGCCAAACCUUACCCGCUCCGACCUCGGGGGGAGGAGGCAACAUGGGUGGAGGAGGAGGAGGAGGUGGCGGAGGAGGAGGUGGAGGUGGAGGGGGCACCUUAGGGAGAAGUAAGGGCAAGAUGAUGUCUGGCGGUGGGCCUGGAGGCCCCAAUCCUAAGGGCCAAUCCAAAGGGGCUCCCAAAGUCAACGGCAACAACUCAAGUGGACAAGGAGGAUGGUGGCCUGAGUGCACCUGCACCAAUCGGGAGUGGUAUGACCAGGCCAACCCUCCCCCCAUCAUUGUCAACGCAGACUCACUAGAUGCAGGCCCUUAUGUGAACGGCAGCGAUGGCAUGUACAAGUAUGAGGAGAUCAUCUUGGAGAGGGGUAACUCGGGCCUGGGCUUCAGUAUAGCGGGAGGCAUCGAUAAUCCGCACAUUCCCGACGAUCCCGGGAUCUUCAUCACCAAGAUUAUUCCGGGAGGAGCGGCCGCCAUGGACGGAAGGCUCGGGGUUAACGACUGCGUGCUCCGCGUGAACGACGUGGACGUGUCAGAGGUGGUUCACAGCCGGGCGGUGGAGGCUCUGAAGGAGGCGGGGCCGGUGGUGCGCCUGCUUGUGAGGCGAAGGCAGGCCCCACCCGAAACUGUCCUGGAGGUUAACCUGCUCAAAGGGCCCAAAGGACUUGGAUUCAGUAUUGCCGGAGGCAUCGGCAAUCAGCACAUCCCGGGUGACAACAGCAUCUACAUCACCAAGAUCAUCGAAGGGGGAGCCGCCCAAAAGGACGGACGGUUGCAGACGGGAGACCGCCUUCUCGCUGUGAACAACAUUGUGCUUCAGGACGUGCGUCACGAGGAAGCAGUGGCCGCUCUGAAGAACACGUCCGAUAUGGUUUACCUCAAGGUGGCCAAGCCAGGACCAGUGCACCUCAAUGACAUGUAUGCCCCACCCGACUAUUCCAGCACCUUCCCCACCAUGGUGGACAACCACGUGAGCCACAACUACAUGGGCGCCAUGGAGCCCAAGCCGCCCUACCCGCCGCCCCAGGUCACCCCGUCCAGGUACUCGCCCAUCCCCCGCCACAUGCUCGGGGAGGAAGACUUCACCAGCCGAGCUGAGCCAAUUUACAGUGUCAUCCACAAACCUGGGGAGGGCAAAGGUCCCCAGGCUCUCGGCAGAGGCUUCUGUCCUUCCCCUGCACCCUUGUGCCAAGCUCCACUCCCCCUCUCUGGCAGGGAGCCGAGAAAGGUGUUGCUGCACAAGGGCUCCACAGGGCUGGGCUUCAACAUUGUGGGCGGGGAGGACGGCGAGGGCAUCUUUGUCUCCUUCAUUCUGGCCGGGGGGCCGGCUGACCUGAGCGGCGAACUGAGGAGAGGCGAUCGUAUUCUUUCUGUGAACGGUGUGAAUCUAAGGAACGCCACACACGAGCAGGCGGCUGCCGCCCUCAAGAGAGCCGGACAGACCGUCACCAUCAUUGCUCAAUACAGACCUGAAGAGUACAGCCGCUUUGAAUCCAAAAUCCACGACCUGAGGGAGCAGAUGAUGAACAGCAGCAUGAGCUCAGGAUCCGGCUCCCUGCGCACCAGCGAGAAACGCUCCCUCUACGUCAGAGCUUUAUUCGACUACGACCGGACGAGGGACAGCUGCCUGCCCAGCCAAGGGCUGAGCUUCUCUUACGGCGACAUCCUCCACGUGAUCAACGCUUCCGAUGACGAGUGGUGGCAGGCCAGGCUGGUGACACCUCACGGGGAGAGCGAGCAGAUCGGGGUCAUUCCCAGCAAGAAAAGAGUGGAGAAGAAGGAGCGGGCCAGGUUAAAAACAGUCAAGUUCCACGCCCGGACAGGCAUGAUUGAGUCCAACAGGCAGCCGGUCAAAGUAAAGCGCAAAAAAAGCUUCAACCUGUCGCGAAGGUUCCCGUUUUACAAGAGCAAGGAGAAUAUUGUGCAGGAGUUGGUGGAGUCUGAACAAUGCCUGACGUCCAACACGAGCGACAGCGAGAGCAGUUCAAAGGGACAAGAAGACACAAUACUCUCCUACGAGCCAGUCAUCCGACAAGAAAUCCACUACACAAGACCCGUGAUCAUCCUGGGCCCCAUGAAGGACCGCGUCAAUGACGACCUCAUCUCUGAGUUCCCUCACAAGUUUGGCUCCUGCGUACCCCACACAACUCGUCCGAGGCGGGAGAACGAGAUGGACGGUCAGGACUACCACUUUGUGGGCUCGCGCGAGCAAAUGGAGAAAGACAUCCAAGACAAUAAGUUCAUCGAGGCGGGACAGUUUAACGAGAACCUUUACGGGACCAGCAUCCUGUCUGUCAGAACUGUGGCUGAACGGGGGAAGCACUGCAUCCUGGACGUGUCGGGCAAUGCUAUCAAACGACUGCAGCAAGCACAACUUUACCCGAUCGCCAUCUUUAUUAAACCAAAAUCCAUCGAAGCCCUUAUGGAAAUGAACAAGCGGCAGACGUACGAGCAGGCCAACAAAGUCUUCGACAAGGCCGUCAAGCUGGAGCAAGACUUUGGAGAGUUUUUCACAGCUAUCGUCCAGGGCGACUCGCUAGAGGAAAUCUACAACAAAAUCAAGUUGAUCAUCGAGGAGCAGUCCGGCCCGUACAUCUGGAUCCCUUCCCCGGAGAAGCUCUGAGCUCGCCACCCACCACCGCGCCAACCACCACCAUCGUGCAUCGCCGCAAAAUCCCCCUCUCCCAAAGCACCCGCCAUGCCUAAAUGAUCCCACCACUGCUCCUCCCCCGCACCUCUUUUUACAACAAUGUUUCAUAAAAAGUUUUAGUGUCAUCAUUCUGUUACUCUUUAAAUGGAAAAAAAACAAAGUCUUAUCACCAUUGAUUACUGUGACUGUGCACCCCCUGCAUGAAUUUCUCAACGCCAUCCAUUACACACUGGAACGGAGACCCGUCUUUUCUUGGGGAGGGGUCAUGCGAAGAAAAAAAAAAGGGCAGGGGGGUGUCAAGAGAAUCGUUCUUUUUGGUCAACGGACGCAUGGUGGAAAUGUUUUCGUGAGGAACACGUUGAGAGACAGAAAAUGAGAAAGGAGAUGCAGGGGGGAACAGAGACAAAUCACACCAACUCGGAACACUUUGUAAAUGUUCAUCCAAUCUCAUUGAAAAAGACAAAACGUGAAGAUGAGACCUUUUGGGUUGUUUAUUUUUUUUUUUUGUUGUUUUGUUUUUGUCCCGCCCCCUUCCCCAAGUGAUGAACGGAGCCCUACUGACGGUACUGUUGUUUCUAGGGAAUUAUUUAUCAUCUCCACAGGAAGAAUCCCUAGAUUUAUAUUGUGACAUCACAAGAUGAAUAAAAUCCUACAGAUUUUACUAUACAUAUAAAUAUAUAUAAAUAUAUAUAUAUUGAGAGCGAGAGCGCGCGUGAGAGAAAACAGUUUUACACUUCACUCGAAUGGUCUAUUUGGAGGGCUUGUGAUUCUUUUUCUUUGGCUUGUGCUUUUUUCUUUUUCUUUUUUGAGCUGAUCUUGGGUCAAGGUGGGCUGUGGGGGGGUGGAGACGUGUAAGUGGGCUCUGCAAAACACCAAACUGCCUUACAUCCAAUACCAAUUGACUACCUUUUGUCCUCCUCGCCCACACACCGCAACCACCACGACAACAACAAUUGAUCCACCCAAUUAGGAUUUCCCAGACCCGCCACUCCCCAAACCCAACAAACUAAAGAGUGUGGAGCUGCAGACCACCCUCUUACACGCUCUGCCUUCCAAAGAGAUUUUUGGGGGUUGUUUUCUGGUUUACUGGUCACACGGUACUGUCCUAUUUGCUGCCAUGGUGGCAGCCUUAUGACGGGUAGAACAAGACAUUAAUUGUACUGGAUGUCAUGCCCAUUUAAAAAAAAAAGCUGCUUUGGAUUGUCCAAGAAAAUACAACAACACUAAAGUUGAGCCUAAUUAAAAGCUUUGUGUUAUCGAUAUGAAUUAUUCAUGAUAUGCUUGGAUGAUGUACUGGAUGGGCGAGGGGUUUAAAAAAAAAAAAAAGAUCUUUGGGUUUGGGCUGAGCUCAGGAAUCUCAAACAUACGACGACUGCGAGGGCGCCCGAAAAGCAGCACAACAAGGGCACCCGCGCCCAAGGAAGCAAGCUUCUUAUCGUGAAGCUCAACUGUGAAAGGGGAUCUUCUCUUCUUUUUCUCCUCCUUCAUCAGAGAGCCAAAACCCCCAAACAGGAAGUGCCAACUUGGACCUCUCUGGGUCCCCCCUGCCCCUCCACAUCCCUCCAUUUGUCCUCUUUUACUCUCCUUUGCCAGACAAGCAGCUGUCAUCACCUGUGUCUAAAUCCCCCUCUGCCGAGUUCAGGGAAUAACUGAAUGGAACACAGCCAUUUAUAAACUGUUUGCAGACUGUUUCAAAGGGUGUGCUCGCUGUACAAUGUAAAUAAGCCCCCCCACACCCCCGCCCUACUCACAUCCCUCCAGCAUAUAACCCCCACCCCCUCCCUCACCUGUGCUUCAUGCAUGUGUGAUUGAAACUGGGACCGAAUAUGUUUUAAAGACUACAAAUGUCAGGUAAGUCAAGUUUGAAGCUGUCAUUUCCAAACAGAACAAACACAACAAAAAAAUGCUGUAUUGUUGCUCUUAGUCUUCACAUGCCUUCGGAACACGUCAGCGCUCCGUCAAAGGAGGGGAGGCCCUCUUGCCAAAGUGUCUGCGCGUAUCCAACAAAGGCAUCUAUAUAUGCUCACAAAAAGUUUGAGAUAUCGGGCUUUAGGGUAACAUAUCUAAAAUUAAUGCAUUCUAUUCAACAAAAUUACAAAUUAAUCUCCUGGGAAUACAUUUUAAAGUAUGCCCCACUAAUUACAUUUAUUUUUUUAAACAUUUAUUUACUUCACUUUAAAAAAAAAAACAUUCAUACGUGUAAAUUCAAAUGCACACAGAAAAUACCGUAUUUAAGGUGCACCCAAUUCAAGUGUACCGCUGAGCUUUUUUUUUCUCAGAAAGGUCUCAUUUCUUUGGAUUCCAAUCAAACGGCACAUAAGUAAUUUGUUGAACGAACAUUGCACUUGAUAAAAUUAUUUGCUAGGGCUGAACAAUUUUUAAAAAUAUUUUGAUUCACUAUUGUUUUAAUUAUAAUAGCCGAUAUUUUUUUAUCUAAGGCCCUUGUCCUGUUGCAAUAAAUUAUUUGCCUUACAAUAAACAAUGUCAGAUUUAUUUCAGAUGCAUGUAUUCAUCUCGUAUCUUAACAAGAUCUAAAAUGAAAGCGGUCACUGAGCAGAGUGUCAUCGGUCAUUUACAACUGACUAGAGGUGUCACGAAAAGGCAUUUAAAGUGCUUUUUAGGUUCAUGUUGCCAUUUCAUGCCAAAGCCCGAUUGCCCAAACUUUUUGCAGCGGCAUUCAUGAAGGAUGGAGUGAAAAUCCAUGCUGACUGUUAAUGCAAAAGCGCUCGCGGUAUCGCCAACCUCAGUCAGCCAUGUCCAAGCCCAAAGACUUCACUCUCAGCUCUUUCCAUUUUGAGGCUGUGAUGUUUAAAAAAAAAAAAAAGAUGGCCACCUCUGCAUAUGUGCGCAUCAUUGAUGAGGCUGAUGACAGAUUACAUCAUUUUCUUUUUGUCGGUGUGGCAGGGGGCUUUUUUGGCUGGGGGGGGGGGUGUUCUGUUUAUGGCACAUGUGUGCAGUAAGUGCUUGCAAACAUGAACCCUUUGAUUGUACAGUCCAGUUGUCUCCUUGUGGCCACAGAUGGUUUACGGCCUGUCGGGACACUCGCGGCCCAACCGGGCUUCCUUGUCCUAGUUCACCAGGUGAAUGCCGUCCUGCUAUAUAUACAAUUAUAAAACAAGUUUUUUUUUUUCUUUGGGAGGACUUGACAAGAGUUUAUUUGUUUGGAAAUAAAAUAUGUGACUCAGUUA